AUGGCAGUUUCUGAGCUGCCAAAAUCCUGCAGACGUCGACCCUCAUUCUCGCCAGAAAAGGGAAUAACGAAUCCGGCUAAUCUGCCGACAGUUCGGAAGAUCCAUAUUGUCAUUGCUGGCAUCCAUUUUGUCUUCAAUAGUUCACUAGGAUCUUCCCUACCAUCAGGUGCCCAUGAUGCGAUUGCCCACUACUUCGCUAUUCCCCAGGAGAGCUUGAAAAUGGUCCUUCCGACGUCGUUGUACAUGGCGGGGUACGUCGUCGGACCGCUCAUCUUUGGCCCAAUGAGUGAAUAUUUCGGUCGUCGACCGGUUCUGCUCACUACCUUCACCAUGUAUCUCAUUUUCACCUUAGCCUGCGCCCUGGCUCCGACCUUCCCUGCGCUUCUGGUCUUUCGGUUUCUAUGCGGAUUGGGAGGUUCGGCGCCUAAUGCCGUGCUAGGUGGUCUUUACUCGGACAUCUACGAUGAUCCGCACCAGCGUGGAGUGGUAAUGAGUUGGUUCAUGUUCGCUUCGAUAUUUCCUCCCCUUUUGGGUCCGAUUAUCUCUGGAUUCGUCUCCGUCGUCUCCUGGAGAUGGACCUUCUGGGCGGGACUGAUCAUCGCUGUAGCGGGAUAUCCUCUCGUUCUGACCAUGCCUGAGACUUACAUGCCGGUGUUGGUCCGGCGAUAUGAAUGGGCUCUGUCGAGUGAGCAACGGUCAGUCUGGGAGGAAUUCCGUCUGCAGAUGCGCGAGUUCUUUGAUAGAAUGGGAUCCGUGCUGAGUCGUCCGUUCGUAAUGAUUGUUCAAGAGCCGAUUGUGUUCUGUUGUUCGAUCUAUCUGGCUCUUAUUUAUUCGAUCCUCUACCUUUUCUUCCAGGCAUAUCCCAUCGUUUUCCAUAAACUAUAUGGUCUAUCUCCGGGCAUUACCGGUCUCGCAUUCCUUCCUAUCCUCCCCGGUUCCAUCCUCGCCUUCACCACCUUCGUUCUCUACAGCACAUACCACACGAAGGCCCUGAAAUCCAGCCUCCCAUGGGCCCAAGUGGAAGAGUCGCGUCGUCUCCCACUCGCCUGCAUCGGCGCACCGACGAUCCCAAUCGCGCUGUUCUGGCUCGGCUGGUCCGCCCGACCCACCAUCCACCCGGUGCUGCCCAUGAUGUCCGGCGUGUUCUUCGGCUUCGGAUACCUGCUUAUCUUCAUGGCGCUGAUCAACUACCUCACCGAUGCGUAUAAGCAGGACUCAGCCUCGGCGUCCGCUGCGGCUAGUACGCUGCGUUCGAUCUUCGCUGUUUGUUUGCCGUUGGCGACUACUCCGAUGUAUACUAAUCUGGGGAUCCAGUGGGCGAGUUCCCUGCUGGGGUUUUUUGCGCUAGUGGUGGCCGUUAUUCCAUUUGUGUUUAUUCGGUAUGGGGCGUGGAUUCGGGAGAACAGUAGAUUUGCCAGCAAGCAGGAGGUAAGGUAA